AUGUGGUUCUAUCUAUAUUUGGCAUUUAUAAUUGCAGAUUGGCCUGAAGCGUGCAUGAUGUGUGGCGUUUAUGGUUCACCAAAUUCUUUACAUUCAUGUCAUUUCUGUUUGGUGGAAUGUAAUAUGAUGAAUGAUGUUCAUAUCGCAAAAGAUAUUCAUAUUCGUAAUGAAAAUGAUACUAAGAAUGCUUUACGUUGUG